GAUGGCGAUCAGUGUCGAGAGAUACCUCGCUCUCCUCGUACUCUACAUCUCGCUGUUGCUGCUGCAAUUCCAUCAUGCAACAGCUCAAAACAAGACUCUCAAGGAUCUCUUCAACAGCACAUCUUGCGCCAAGCCGCCUUACAUCUGUCCGCAUCCGCAGAUAGAAUUCUAUUUGUAUACUAGAGAAACGCAAAAAGAUCCUCUGUUAUUGGACGUCCGGGAUUUCAAUUCUCUCCAGUAUUCCCAAUUCAAUAAGAUUCAUCCGACAAAAAUUAUUAUUCACGGCUUCGGCGGUGGACGAAACUUAGUGCCCAGUACGGAUUUGCGAGAUGCGUAUUUCACGCGAGGCGAUUACAAUAUUAUAAUCGUGGAUUACGGUUCGUUGGUACGCGAGCCCUGUCUCUCGCAGAUUUAUUGGGGCCCGGACUUUUGCUCUCAAUGCAUCGCACAGUUGGUCAAGUACCUGAGGGAUCAUCCUCGCGGCACGAGAGUGGAGAACAUACACGUGCUCGGAUACAGCGUCGGCGCGCACAUAGCCGGACUCAUCGCGAAUUACUUGCCCAAUGACAAACUCGGAAGAAUUACGGGCCUCGAUCCGACGAUAUUUUUCUACAUGAACGGCAACCGCUCGAUGGAUUUAGACGAAUCGGAUGCCCAUUUUGUGGACGUGAUCCAUACAGGCGCCGGGAUUUUGGGGCAAUGGGGGCCGAACGGCCACGCGGACUUUUAUGUAAACGGUGGCUCGAGUCAACCCGGAUGCGCCACUUCUUCUAUACUUCAAACGCUUUCGUGCGAUCACACAAAGGUGACGCCGUAUUACAUAGAGUCAAUCACGACAAAAAAGGGAUUUUGGGCGGCGCCGUGCGCAAAUCUGUUUUCUUACCUGAUCGGAUGGUGCAAUCCAAAGAGAGAGGAUCACAUACUGAUGGGGGAGGACACCCCUCAUACAGCACGCGGCAUCUUCUAUCUGUCAACAAACGCACACAAACCGUACGCCCGAGGACUGCCCGUAAAAAGCCAGCGUCGGACAAAUCGGAAGCAAUCGUCCUCCCGCCAGUAUUAAGUCUGUUAAAGCAACUGAUCAACAUAAUUAUAGAAUAGCAUGUACAUGAUUUAGUCAUUUUAAGCUACAUAGUAUUACAUAUGGCAAUAAAGUGUCAUGUCAUCAGAAGGAGAACACAAAUGGGGUCAAGUUACAUCAAUGUGAAGCUUCUAGCAUUGUGCAACAACGAAAGCAAAACAAGACGUUUAUGUUAUUAAAAUUUAUACUGCUACUACGUGAACAGGAGAUUAAUUUAUUUCGCCAAACGCUACAAUAUCAUUGUAAAUAGUAAAAUUAAAAAUAUGUUCUAUGCCAUUUUUAUUAAUCGCGAUCGAUUUUUGAUUAAUGGAAUAUCAGCAAUUUUGCGUGAUGCAACCUAAUAUGUAUUGUCAUUGAAUAUUUCA